AUGACAUGUGAAUUCGCAGGUUGUGUCCACAUCUGCACGGAUGUUCCUCCAGGGCUCGGAGAGCAGAGGACCUUGUUCUCGCUUCCUGAUGAUGGGAGCUCAUUCGAACGGCACAUCACCUCUGAUUAUCAUCGCAACAAUGUCAAUAAGUUCCUCCGCCUUACCGGUAGCGAGCGCAUCGAGCGGGUGAAGCGAGAAUGCCAUCCUUGUGAAGCGAUGAUCAAUGUGAGCGAACGAAACCGUUCCACCAUUAUGUUGAACGACAGAGGCUCGGAUCACGAACGUUGGUCAAUCUUGACGCACUUUGAAUUCAAAUUAUCAUGUUCCGAAAUCUUCAGCUUCAGCCUCUAA